AUGGGGUCACGAGGGCCUUUCCCAAACACAACCACGUUCCCCGGUCGCCUCACCCAAGCAGACGCUGUCACACUUUUCGACUACUCGCUCUUUUACUCUCUUUCUACGACAAAUCGGAUGCCGACAAGGCAGCAAAUCUCCCGCCCUCCUGAGGUGCUAUUCUCCCGAUCCCUCCGUCUGCUUGGCCAAACGCGCACACGCUCGUACAGAGAGUACACCCAUUCUUCUCCCUCGACCCAAUCGCCAGGUUGGAUAGUCACCGCUCGACACUCUGCCACACGCGCUGACUUGUCUUGCGACCUCGUUUCUUCGGCGCUGUCGGGGGCUGCUCACAUGGGCUCAGAAUGCACCUUGCACAUCGGGCCCAGGCAGAGGGAGAGGAAUGGGAAGGUAUCAUGGCCUGCGGAUGGUCGUCCAUUUGUCACCCUGGUCUUUGACCACAAAACUUCAGUCUUCCCCCCUUUGAGAAGAAGCGAGUCCGACGAGAUUGCCCACGCGCCAGCGGGAGAGGCCCAGCCCGAGGAAAAUGGCGCGGUACUCACUUCCCGUUCGCCCUUUGGACCGCUCCAGAUCAACACUGCUGGCAUUUUGGGGGCGACAGCCGCUGCAAAGUCGACUGGAAUCAUGCUCUCGAGCCGAACAGUCUUUGAAUCCUCACGGCCGGAUGGUCAGACGGGAAAUGUCGCUAUCGCCAUGUUGUCCUUUCACCAGAAGCACACGCCCACCCCUGAGGUGCGCGCCAUCUUCAUCUCCUCUGUCGCAGCUCGGGCAGUCUGGGGUCUCACAUUGCGAGUAUCCCCUUUGCGGCUCGGCGCUUGCCCCAUGCCACUGGGGCUGCCCUAA